UACAUGAUGUGUUAAAGAGCAUGGCACUAGAUGAUUGUUCAAAUAUAUAUGCAGAAAAGGCAAGUUAUUUGGGCUACAAUUAUGCAAACGACAAAUUCUUAUUUCUACAUCAUGAUGAAUUUGGCGCAGUUUUCUACGUAAUGCGGAUCAAGCUGAUCGUUUACAAUAGAGACUCUCAGCGAAUCACUAUUUUUGGCAGUGAAGUUCCGGUUUGCAAUAUCCAUGAGCGAGGAUUAAUGGAAAUUCAAAAUAGCCCGGAAAAACUAAUCUGCAGGAGUAUCACUGAGUUUAUAGAUCGGGCGCCAAUUGAUUCACUCACGGAAAGCAAUAAGCAGUAUCUGUUCGUGAAACAUUCGAUUCCGCCGAUGCAUUAAAUUAAAAAUAACGGAAUGGACAAGAUAGCGGUAUUCAGAACAUGCGACGCCUCACGCACCAUUCGGCAUAUUGUUCCCGCUUACGGAAAUCUCGCCAGUUUGUUGGACCAAGGAUCAAAGAUGUUCAAUAAACACUUUUCUCAAAUAGUGUUGGAAAACGAUGGUUGCCAAAUAUCGAACGAUUUUGUACUGAUGGCCUUUUCGAGCAACCUACUAAUGUUACUCAAUGCGGAAGAGAAAUGGACAGCCCAUAACAUGGAAAACACAGGAAACGAACAAGGGUCAUCACAAGCUUUACAAGGAAAUAUUAUGACUGCUCAUCUAUCCGUUAUGGCCCAGGAAAACAUUGUGGCCCAAGAAAACGUUGUGGUCCAAGAAAACGUUAUCGGUCAAGGUACCGUAGGAACAGACAGGAUCGAAUACAAUCUGAUACAACCAGUCGGGUUUUCUUCGAAUCUAUUGACAGUUGUUUCUGACUCUAACGCUGACUCGGCCGUAGCUGAUGGUAUAGCUACACAGCUAGUUGCUGAUAUGGACACACAAGAGGACUCUGAUCUGAACCUGGUAGAGCAAGCAGUUAUUAUGACUCCGGUGAUAAGUGAAGUGAUACCCUCAUGUUCGAUUGCUUCGGCUGAGAGUGGCCAGGAAGAAAAUACAUCACCGAAUAUAUCAACGAAACGAUCUUAUCCAGGGUACCAGAAAUCCAACAAAAAGCAUGCAUCGAGUGCGAUGAAGUUUAAAUCAUUCGAGAUUAACUGGAGUAAGAUAAGUGAUACUCAAAUCGCUCGUCUUGACGGUCUUCAAGAGCACCGACUGAAAAAUCCAAAUUCAGCAGUCCCACGCACGAUUCGUUUGAAAAAACAUGAACUCAACUCUCUAGUGAAUAACGUCGUAGAUCAAUUGCGCAAUAUUGAUGUGGAUAUAAGCGCAGCUGUAAUGGAAAAUGCAGCCAAACAAAUGUUACACAAAUAUCCGUGUUUGGAAAUAUUGGAUGAUGACGGCUUUGGCAAUGGAUUGAGUCAUAUGACAAUAAAACACAAAAUGAUAAACAGGAAUACGUAUCUGAAUCGCCUUGACUCAUUACCAAGAGCAUCACCGACGUUGAAUCACAAACCAAAACAUCGAAGGGCUGGCACUAUGAUCGAGUAUUGGAAAUUAACUACGGAUCAAUGCUCCAAAGAAGUUCUUUCAAAAUUACGGCGGGAUGAGCCAUCUCUUCUCACGGAAGAAUUUAUGAGUGAUUCCCAAGGAUAUAUCCGAUCACUAAUCGAUCAGAAAAAGGAGCUGAAAGUCAUACUAUCAGAGUGGCCAGUGUUGCGAAGACGGAUUCUUAUGAGCUAUCAUUUCAAGAAAGCGACUGGGAUUGAAAUCGAUACUCUACGUGCUUACUUUUCGGCGAAAAGGGCGAAGAUAGUAGAGUUCUCGGCAAGUCAAAAAGCGAAUAAGCUGACCGAAGGUGCAACUGAUUGUGACGUGUUCAAGUUUUUGGCAAAAGCAGUAGGAGAAUCAUUGGAUGAUCUCGUUUUGAAGAAGGAGGUUGGUACCAGGAUUGACGAAAUUCGUGAUGAAUCAGCUGGACCUGUAUUGAUUUGCAUUGAUAUGGGAAACGAAUCGGCCAUGUACUACGUGUUUGCGGAGCAAACUCGGCUGUCUGAAGGUACAACAGAUAUCGUUUGUGCUUUUCAAGAUCUGAUGUCGGUACAAUAUGUACAUGGUUUCAUGUACCUCAAGAAAGUCGCCAAAUUUUGGAGUUCACUCAGGAAUAUUUUCUGAAGAUUUUCCCGGGCAAAGGCUCCAAGUCCAAUGCCAUUAGAAUUGGACAGCAGCAACGAAUGGUGCAAAAAUUAAUCGCGUCUUUGUCUGAAUUUGAAGCCUCAACAUAAGUGGCAAUUAUAUUCCUAAGCUGUUAUUUUAAUAAGUACAAAAUAGCAAACUACUACUCAUAAAUGUAAUAUGAAUU